CGGAAAGCCUUCGGGCCAACAUGGCGGCGCCCAGCGGCGGGACAGAGCCGGCCCGAAGGCCGCGGCCGGCAGCGUGAAGAGAUGAGACAAGUGAAGCUCAGAGAGGUUAAGGCGCUUGUCCGGGGUCACAACGCAAGUCGGUGGCGAGGCGGGAAUUCGAACCCGUGUCGGCCCUUUUUUUCCGGUGGACCCGGAAUCCAGGUGGUUGUCCGACAAGAAGAGCCAUGAGCUGGGCCCAGGCCACCCGGCUGGCUCGGGGCCUCUUGAGGGGCUGGGGUGGCAUCUGCGGGGCCACCCUCCCAGGACCCCCUGUCUCUCAGGUGCCCCCCAAAGCCCUGCGGGGCCUCCACUGCAGCGCCGCUGCCCCCAGCUCCGACUCCUGGCUGGCCCCGCUCCCACCCGAGCCCCCGCGGAGGCCCCCCAAGGCCCUGGCCCACCACGAGGAGCUGUUUGGGGCGGCGCCGGGCAGGGCGCGGGACAAGGCGAGCUUCGUGCGCGCGGUGCGGGGCUUUGAGCAGCGCAGCGUGCGCAAGCGGGGCCACGUGGACUUCAUCUACCUGGCGCUGCGCAAGAUGCGGGACUACGGCGUGGAGCGGGACCUGGCCGUGUACAACCUGCUGCUGGACGUCUUCCCCAAGGAGGUCUUCCGGCCGCGCAACUUCAUCCAGCAGAUCUUCAUCCACUACCCGCGGCAGCAGGAGUGCGGGGUGGCCGUCCUGGAGCAGAUGGAGAACCACGGGGUGAUGCCCAGCAAGGAGACUGAGUUCCUGCUGAUGCAGAUAUUCGGGCGCAAAAGCUACCCCAUGCUCAAGUACCUGCGCAUGAGGCUGUGGUUGCCCCGCUUCAAGAACAUCAACCCCUUCCCGGUGCCCCGGAACCUACCCCAGGACCCCGUGGAUCUGGCCAGGUUGGGCCUGCGGCACAUGGAGCCCGACCUCAGCGCCAGGGUCACUGUCUACCAGAUGCCUUCAUCCAAAGACUGGACAGGAGCAGUGGAUCCCACCCAGCCCCACAUUGUAGGAAUCCAGAGUCCCGACCAGCAGGCUGCCCUGGCCCGUCACAACCCGGCUCGGCCCAUCUUCGUCGAGGGCCCCUUUUCCCUGUGGCUCCGGGACCGGUGCGUCUAUUACCACAUCCUCCGAGCCGACCUGCUGCCCCCGGAGGAGAGGGAAGUGGAGGAGAUUCGGGAAGAGUGGAACCUCUACUACCCCAUGGAGCUAGACCUGGAAUACGGGAGGAGCGGCUGGGACGACUAUCAGUUUGACAUCGAUGAAGUGGAGGAAGGUCCUGUCUUCGCCAUGUGCAUGGCGGGCACCCACGACCAGGCCACCCUGGCCAAGUGGAUCCAGGGCCUGCAGGAGACCAACCCGGCCCUGGCCCGGAUCCCCGUGGUCUUCCGCCUGGCCGCGUCCACCGGGGAGCUCCUGGUGGCCUCCCCGGGGUUGGAGGAGCCAGCUCCGCCGCCCCCCCAGGCCCAGGAGGAAGAGGAAGAUAAUCUGCAGCGGCAGGAGCGGGGCCAGAGCUGAGCCUGGGGACACGGGGGCGGUGGGGGGCAAGCUGCGGCCCCAGGAGUUUGUGGACUGGUGUGAAAGGCAUGAGAUGGCCUUGGUGUGUACAGCAAAUAAACGUUUCCUGCCCAGG